AUGCAAGCGCCUCGAAAUUUAGUUGAUUCAAGACGAGCUAAAAUCGAAAAUAUUAAUUGUGAAGAUCAACAAGAAAACACCGAAAGUGAUAUCAUCAAGUUAGAUAAUACUCUUCGUAAACUAGAAGAUGAGGCAAAUAGUUUGAUUCAAACAACACCUAUUAAUUAUGAAGAAAUUAUUGAAUGGUUAGAACCUCAUUUAACCAAUUUUGAUAUAAAAACGACCAAAUACAGUCAAUUUGAUAAAUGGUCGAAGAGUAUUGAAAACAUUUAUGUUAAUAUAAAUCAGCAAAUAAAUGAACUUGAGGAACAUGUUAGCAAAUUCAAUGCUGAAAAAUCUUCAGAAUUACAAAAAGAUGAUGAAUGUACUCAGUUCUCUAAAUACAUGAAAGAAUUUGCAGGACAGAUUUCUAAUGCAAGAAAAGAAUUGUAUGAAUUAAAACUUCAACUUGCAAAUGAAAAUAUCAAAUGUUUAAAAGCAAAGUUGGAAUCAAAAGAUCAAGAAAUUCAUACAUUGACUAGUGAACUACAACAAGCGAAAGAGAAAGCCCAAAGUUUUGAGGAGCAAAUGGAAUCAAAAAAUCAAGAAAUUUCUACUUUGAAAAAACAUAAGGACGAACUACAACAAACGAAUAAAACUCAAGAAGAGAAUUUUGACGCACAAAUGAGAUUAAAAAAUCGGGAAGUUAUGUCUCUAAGAAAGGAAACAGCCAAAUAUCAAUCCGCAUUGGGUGAGGCAACAAACUUUCGCAUUAGCGAUAAUGAUUCUAAUAAUACUAGUCAAUUUGCAAGAGACAUAGAAGACUUAAAACAUCUACUUGAUAAUUUUUGCUCUUUAAAAAAAGUUGAUAUUAAUUAUGAAGCUUUAGGAGAGCUUUUGAAAAAAUAUAGCUGUUCUGCUGCUGGAACUAAACCGAAUAAAAACCUAAUUAAAGGUAUUUUGCAACGUCAUGUCAUUGAAAUGGUUAUUGAAAAUGCAAAUGAUUAUCUAAAAAUUUAUGAUGAAAAAGUGCAAUCUCUUGAAAAAAAUUUGGAUGAUGAAACUGUGCAGUAUAUGGAAACUUAUUCGACUUCAACAAUAAAUAAAUUAAUGAAUUGUAUUGAAUUAUUCUCAACGCACCGCACUGGAACAGAUGAAGUUACCCAAGCCGCAACUAUUAAAUUACGUCAGCUAGUUUAUUCCGUUCUUGGCAGUCGAGGAUUUUCAGAAAUUCCCAAUAAAGGCGAACACCCAUUUAUCAUGCAAUUACGAGAUUUAGUUGUAGAAGACCUUAAUAAAUAUCGUACAAUAAAAGAUCAACAGAAAAGAUCAGAAAAUAAGAAUACGGCCAUUGAAUUAAUUCGUCAGAUUAUUUCGAUUUUCUGUUUUCGUCUGAAUAUUCAAGAACCAAUUGUUGAAUACAAGUGGUAUAAAAAUUCGGAGAAGAUUGAUCUAGAAUUUAUGGAAUGCUCAUUUGAUGAUGAUAAUUUUGAUAAAAUAAUGGUUGAUGUUUGUUCCUUUCCUUUAAUUGGAACGAAUCUUGAUCAUGAGGAAAACUAUAAAGUAAUUGUCCGCGCAUCGGUUGUAAAAACAGAUUACGUUAAUCCUAGAAUUCUUAAUAAUAUCAGUAAUUCUUUUUCUAUUCUAAGUAACAAAUUCAAAUAA